UUUAUAUAUUUAAUUUAGUCAAUUGAAUAUAUUAACUAUUUAAAAUGUUCUCACGAGUAAUUCGUCGGUCACUUCCAUCAUCUAUUCAAAUACAGAGGACGGCGGGAACUACAAAUCUAAGAAAAUAUUUAAGAAAUUUUCAUGUCCGUCAUGCACCUCCGGUAACACACAUUCCUUUAAUCGAUAAUUCGGUUCGAUCAUACUCAGUGCAAGUAAAUCUCGACGAAUUAACUGCUGACUACGAUUAUGUAAAGAAAGCCACCACAAAUAAUGGUAUUUUAAUUGUCGAUGUUCGAGAACCUGAUGAAAUUAAGGAACAUGGCAAGAUACCCAAUAGUGUAAAUAUCCCAUUGGGCAAUGUAUCAACUGUAUUAGGAACAAUGCCUGAGAAAGAUUUCCAGGAGACAUACCAAAGAGCAAAGCCAGCUGAGAAUACAGAGAUAAUAUUCUAUUGCAUGAUUGGCAAGAGAUCUGCUAAAGCACAACAGAAUGCUAUUAAUUUGGGAUAUAAAAAGUACAUACCGUAUCUUGCCCUGGUUUCCACCCUGCAGGACACACUUCACCAUGCUUAUCUGUAUACUGGAAUGCUUGUACAAGUCUUAAAGUUUCAUCAACUGAUCUUCCAACAGAUGGACGUCCAGGACGAUAAUGUUUUAGACGUCGAUUUGCUAGCUGACGAUGGAUCUGAAGAAGAAGGCGAAGCCCCGCCGUCGUCAGGGCCAGGGUCAACACCAACUUCAUGUGCAUCAUCGCCGCGGGGUGAGGAACCUGCUUCUCCCCAUGGUGGUGUAUCGCAGCCGGCAUUUUUUCACCAUCAAAGCUACACUCGGCCAUUCUUUACAUCUGGCCGUAGGGGACCAGGUCGACCACGGAAGGAGGGGCCAAAACUGGUUAGAGAGGGAAAGAUAGUGAGAAGGUAUAGAGGAGGCAAUGCUGGUUCUGUCAGAGGAGCCAAGAGACACAGAGGGAGCCGAGAUGAUUCACUUGAAGAUAUGAUGGAUGAUGAUGAUUUCUCUAUACCACCAAUACCUGAAGAACCGCCUUACAUGCCAGAGAAGUGGCCAGGAAAACUAUGCGCACUUUGCAACCUGAGUGAGCGUAGUCAGCUGGGGCAGGGUGAGAUGCGUCAGAUUAUGUGUAAGCUUGGAGAGGGGGAUGGAAGUACUACUCCGGCCAUAUGCAACUCUGGUGGGGCCACUCCUACCAAUCCCCCUACACCAUCCAGCACCCCAAGCACACCCGUGACUCCCGGCCUGGUUUCACCACCGCCAGAACUUGUGGACCCCAAUCAGCACCCACUUGCGUUGCCUUUGAGUAGGCGCCAAAAAGCAUUUAAUAAGUGCAAGACUCCUUUAUACAACAUGGAACACACGGAUGAGUUAUCUAUUAUUGGUUACACAGAAGUUAUGGAAUUAUCAGGGGUUGUCUCAUCUGGAGCACUGUAUGUACAUCGGUGUUGUCUUGAGUUUAGCCCACCAUUCCAGGAUCAUGUGUUUGCAGCCUCGAAUUCUGAAGAGGACAAAGAUCAGUUAGAGGAAGCCAGGGUUAAAGGGAUUGUGACCGCUGCCCUGUCAAGGAAAUGUGCCUUUUGCAGCAGACAUGGAGCAAGCAUACCUUGUAAAAUGAGUUGCAGCAAAUAUUUUCAUCUACCGUGUGUGCUUGCUUCUGGAGGAUUCAUGGACUUUCACACCAAAUCUUCCUUCUGCAAGGACCAUCUUUAUCAAGUGCCUCUUAUUUGUACAGCAGAUAUAGACUGUAGGACUUGUAGAACUAUUGGCGACAUCGCUAACUUAAUGACAUGCGUCACCUGUGGCGCUCACUACCACGGCACAUGCGUUGGACUCGCUCAGCUGCCAGGAGUAAGAUCGGGUUGGUCCUGUCGGUCGUGUCGCGUGUGCCAGGUGUGUCGCGGCGAGGCCAACGCAGGCCUGCAGCCGCCAGGCCACGAGGCACGCGCCGUCACCUGCGAGCACUGCGACAAGCUGUACCAUGCUACCUGUCUUAGGCCUGUUAUGGCUACCGUACCUAAGUACGGAUGGAAAUGCAAGUGCUGCCGCGUAUGCUCGGACUGCGGGUCGCGGUCGCCGGGCGCGGGCCCGUCGUCGCGCUGGCACGCGCACUACACGGUGUGCGACUCGUGCUACCAGCAACGCAACAAGGGCUCGUGCUGCCCGCUGUGUCGCCGCGCGUACCGCGCCGCCGCAUACCGCGACAUGAUCCGCUGCAUACUCUGCAAGAGAUACGUACACGGAAUGUGUGACCCUGAUGCGGAACCACAACAAUAUCGACAAAAGAAAGAACAAAAUCCAUCUUAUGAGUACAGCUGUCCUAUAUGCAAAGCUCAGAUGCAACUGACUGGCUCCAAAUCUACAUCUUUCGACGACGAUACUGUUGCAUCGACAUCCCAAGACUCAUCAUUCGGUGAUGAAAACUCCCAAACUGAGCAAGAUCCUCUUGCUAUAGAAGCUAAGCCUGAUGUUGGUCUUGGCAAGGGUAAACCAUUCACUGUCUCAGCAAAAGUGGCAAAGAAGAAGAUAGGUGGUUACAAACUGAAAGGUGGCUUUCCUCCUGCGGGCAAACUAGGAUUCCAGAAGCGUCAAAGGUCUGUUCUGGACUUUGGAAGGAAGAGGGGAUCAAAACCAAAGAUGAGGGGUGUGUUCGGAGUGCCUGGGCUGGGGCUACAGAGACCUCAAGCACCUGAUAACAAGGCACCUGAAGAUGAUCCUGGUGUUGAGAAUAAAUUAGUGCUGUGUUCAAGCAAAGACAAGUUCGUCCUAACUCAAGAUUUGUGUGUAAUGUGCGGUGCAAUCGGUACCGACUCCGAAGGAUGCCUUAUUGCUUGCGCACAGUGCGGGCAAACAUACCAUCCGUAUUGCGUCAAUAUUAAGGUGUCGGCGGUGAUAGUGACGCAGGGCUGGCGCUGCCUGGACUGCACGGUGUGCGAGGGGUGCGGCGCGCGCGGCGACGACCCGCUGCUGUUGCUGUGCGACGACUGCGACACCACGUGGCACACCUACUGCGCGCGCCCGCCGCUCGCCGACGUGCCGCGCGGGCCCUGGCGCUGCGAGCGCUGUCGUCGCUGCAGGGUCUGCGGCACGCGCUCCACCUCCGCCUGGUGCGACAACUACACAGAAUGUGCUCCGUGCGCGUCCCUGGUGAUGUGUUGCGUGUGUUCGGAGCCGUACUCGGACGGAGAGCUCAUCAUACAGUGCGAGGCCUGUCAGCGCUGGCUGCACGCCUCCUGUGACUCCAUACGGAACGAGAGCGACGCUGAGGUCUGCUGUCGAGCCGGGUACAAGUGCGUGGUGUGCCGCGGGCGCGAGGUGCCGCCCCCGCACGUGGCGCGCGCGCCUCUCGCGGCGGAGGCCGGGGGCGCGGGGGGCGCGGGCGGCGGCGGGGGCGCGGGCGCGGCGCGGCCCGUGGCGCGGCCCACGCCGCAGUCGCUGGGGCUGGCGGGCGAGUACUACGUGGACGACGUGUGCCUGUCGCAGCGCGGGGCGCACCACAUGAAGCAGCUCGAGGCCGACAUGGGCAUCACGCACACGCGCCGCAAGCGCCGCUUCAAGAACGAUAACACUGAGAAAGACGCAGAAAUAAUGGCAUCUAUUGAAACAGUGGUUCAGAACGCUGACGUCGAGAUGGGUGACGACUCCAAGCCUGACAGCACAGCUGAAGUCAAGGACGAACCUGGGGUACCCAACACGAAUUUUAAAGAAGGCAUAUUAUGGAACGUGGCGAAUGACGGCCCACCUCCUGAGGGCUUCACCAUCUACACCACGGACUCUGGCCUCACAGUAUUGCGGAGAAAGAGACAGAGAAACUUGAACAAACUCGGUAUUGGUGGGUUUGUUGUUAGACAGAGACAAACUACUGCUAAGGCGCAGGCUGAUGAGGACAAGGAAGGAGAUGGAACACAAGCAUCUGGAGAAUCUCCCAGUAACAAACGCAAACCUCGUCGAAAGCCACGCUCCAAGCUCAUGGAGCAGUUCCCAUCUUAUAUGCAAGAAGCUUUCUUUGGCAAAGAAUUAUUGGAGCCUACCAAAGCAGCGGUUUCAUCUACCGCAGGUAACCCCGCGGAAAGCCCGGCGGCGCGCGCGUCCCCGGAGCCGAGCUGGGCGCGCUGGGAGCUCGACAACUCGGACAGUGAGGGCGAGGACGUACUCGCCGCGCUGCACUCUUACUCCGACCACGACUGCUCCGUGCUCAUCUCACUCAACACGGAUGAAGUAGAAAUACUAAACUCAUUGAAACCAAAAGAUGAAAAGGAUGACACUUCAAACACAACCAAUUCAGAUGGAACAUUGAAAAUCAAGACUGAGUUAGAUGAUGGUCAGUUGAAACACACUGAGGAUUCUACUGCCUUGAAGAAUGCGAUACUGGGUCCGCAGCCGGCUGAAGCUGAGCAGCCGCCUACUGUUGCCACUGAGAGCAUACCCACCGUGCAUAGUACCAAAACUGAGACCAUCAGUGAAACCGGUGGAUCAUCUCAAGCAUCAACUAUAUCGCCUAAAGACGACUUGUCUCUCCUUGGUGUGAGUCUCGACGCUAUGGUCAGGGAUGGCCUACCUGACAUGGACAGCAAUGAUGUGGACGAAAUAUUCAAGGGAGUGCUUACUGAUGACUCACAGGAAUCGCAAGAGUCGUCUGUGUCGUACGUCAAUUCUAUGGCAAGUACGCCGUACUCGCAACAGAGACAACAGCUUCAGAGCCCUAUGGAGUACACCUCGCCUUAUCCUGAGUUUGGAGGCAGCAGCAGUAACAGUGCGAUGAGCCCGCUAUUCUCUGAGAGUGGUAGCGGCGGUGCGACUUGGCCCGACCCUGCGCAGGCGCCGCCACCAUCCUACAACCAGCGCAGUGCUGACAAGAUGCGGGCUGACGAGAGUCUAGGGUCAGCAGCAACAAUAUCGGCCGUACUAUACGCCAACACGAACCACCCAGAGUGGAAAACAGAGUUCCCCAACUGGGUGGACCGCUGCAAACAGAUACUGAAGAAGUGGCGCGCGCUGCCGUCGGACCAGAAGGCGCCGUACCUGCAGCGCGCGCGCGACAACCGCAGCGCCAUCCGCAUGAAGAAGGCCCAGCAGAGCUCCGGCAGCGGCCCCGGCGAGGCGGACAGCAGCGCGGCGCCGGGCAGCGCCGCCGCCGCCGCCGCCGCCAGCCCCGCGCCGGCCGGGCUGCCAGCCAGCGGGGUGCGCGCGCCCAACGUCACGGUGACGGCGGGCGGGCUCCUGGAGGCCGACGCGCACAUCCGCGUGCUCACCCCCUCCGAGAUCAUGCGCACGCUGCCGCGCCUCGCGCAUCCGCGCCCCACGGAGCAGGAGCGCGCCUGCAGCCAGCAGCGCAGCGCGCGCGAGGCCGAGCAGGAGCGCCAGUGGAAGCAUCUGCAGCAGCAGCGCCAGCAGCAGACGCAGCAGCAGCAGCAGAUCAUACACGACCAGCGCAUGCAAGCAGCCAUGCAGCGGUUACGUGCUCCGGACGGCAGCUCUCCCCCGGGCGCGGGAGCCGCGGCGCCUGCGCCCCCCGCGCCGCCCGCUGAGGCCCCGCGCAGCGCCUUCCCUGCACAACGCUUCCAACACUACGGAAAUAACGAUGACAUCAACCGCCAGCUUAGGGACUUACUGCAGAGACAUCCCGAGAAAAUGUGGCCUGGACAACAUGAAAGUUCGUCUCCAGCUACGGGUGUAGGUGAAGGCCAGCCCUUCCGUCAGCCGCUACCUGUGGCACUGCGUGCGCGGGCGCCCCUCAUGCACCCUGCCCGGCCUGACCAUCAUUUGAUAAUGCAACAGCGCCUAAUAUCGGCAGACAACAGCCAGUUACAGCAAGCGGUGCAGAGUCCCGCACCGCAACAGAUGGUGGAACAGAAACAGAAUGUCGUGCCCAAUAAUGCUCCUAGCAAUGACAACAAGCAGGAAUCGAACCAGGAGCAAGGUACAGAUGAGAUGGAUAUGGGAGACAUGGACAAACUUGAACAAGAUGGUUCUAAUAUUGGAGAGGUUGGCGACAUCUUAACUGGGCUAGGCGGCGAAGAUGACGAGGAAUUAUUCGAGACGUUGACAGCAGAAAUAGGAGAGCAAUUCAACAUCCUGGAGUAUGCCGACCCUGAACUGGCAGCACUCAACGAUGCAGAACACAUACUGGACGGACUCGAGCUCGCUGACGACGGGAUGCCGGAGAGACACGCCAAGAGGGAGCCAGAAGAUGAACAGGAUCAAGCUCAAGAGAACAAGAAUAUGUACAAUGACUUACAAAAGGCUGUGAAGAAUAUAGAGUGUAAGCCUGAAGUGAAAUCUGAGAUGGAAGAUGUAAAGCCUGAUGUAAAGUUGGAAGCUCCGGCCACGCCCGCACCACAGCCAAUGUACAGUGACCCUGUACAGAGAGUUAUCACGCAGAACCAGCAAAUAGCAUUGCAGCAGGGUGCGCGAGGUCCACAAUUCGGUCCCGGGCAGGUGAUGGGCCAGCAAGUGGUGCAACGCCCACAGGUUCAGUUCACGGCGUCGCAACACAUGCACUACGCACAGGGCGGCGCCGGUGGUGGCGCGGCGGGCGGCGUGGGCAUGGCGGGCAGCGCGGCGAGCGCGGCCAGCAUCGUGAGCGCGAUGACGGCGCAGGUGAACGCGGCGCUGGCGGCGGGCCGCAGCAUCGCGGCCGGCACCCGCCUCGUGGCCGCCGACGGCUCCGUCGGCGUCGUGCGCCCCGACCGCACCGUCGCGCUCGCGCAUCUGCCCUACGCCGCUACAGUGUCGGGCGGGCAGGUUGCGACCGGGCAGGUAGUGCAGACGGGGCCAGUGGGCGGCGUGGGGCAGACGGGCGGUGUGGGGGCGCGCCCCCCUCCGCCGCCGCCGUACCCGGGCACGCUGCGCCAGCCGCAGCCGCCGCCGCCGCCAUACCCACAGAACGUAAACCAGGAGCAACCGUUGCUUCUCGAGGAGCUCCUGGAGCAGGAGAAGCGCGAGCAGGAGCGCGAGGGCGGAGACUGGGCGGGGCCGGGCGCCGCGCCGCCCCCCGCGCCCCCGCCGGCCGCGGCGCCGCCCGCCAUCCCGCUGUACAGCGGCGUGGCCCCGCCCGCGCCGCCCGCGCCGCCCGAGCGGCCCGCCAGCGAGGCGGACCAUCACGCGCGCCUGCUGUACGAGCAGUGGCUCAAGCAGUACAACGCCUUUGCCGCCGACCAGCAGCGCUACUACGAGGUCGAGGUUCAGAAGCUUCGCAAGAUGCGCAAGUCGCUGAAUAGUAAGCAGAGACAGUUGCGGAAGUCGGGCAACGAACUGUUGCCCAACGACGCAGCCGAACUGCAGCGCGUCUCUACUGAGCAACAGGCGUUACAGAAGCAUCUCGAAGCGGCACGCAAACAAGCACGUCAACAUAGCAUGCUUAUACAGGAAUAUGAGACAAAACAGCGACAGCAGAAUCCCCAACUCGCUCAGCAAUCAGUAAUAAACCAGCAGCAGAUCACUUCGAAUCAAACAGUGUUUGCUCAGAAUCAGAACAUUGGGCAGGGCCAGCAGGUGCAGCAACAGGGCACUAUCAACCGGCCGAUGCAGCUGGGCCUGCAAGGAGCCACCAUACAGCAACAACAGACACUCAUUCGCACUCAACAAACUGUAAUCGGCGCCGACGGCCAGCCGAUAUCCCAACAAAGGAUCGGUCUAGUGACGUCACCGCUGAACGCGCAAGGACGGCUGGUCACCCAGGGAGGGCGCACGCUAGUGAUCGAGCAGGCCGGCGGGCCCCAGCCGCAGCUGGUGCGCCAGCUGGGCGGCGCCGGCGUGCAGGAGCGCGGCCAGGCCGGGCCCGCCAUGGGGCAGUUCGCGGGCCGGCCCGCCGCCGCCGGCGCGCGCCAGCCGGGCGCCCGGCCCGCCAUGUCGCCGCUGCACGUGCAAUCCCCGCUGGCGCCGCAGUCCCCGCUGCACCAGCUGACGUCGCCGAUGCAGUCGCCGCUACACUCGCAGCAGUCGCCGCUGCACCACACGUCGCAGUCUCCGCUGCACCCCUCCACGCAGUCUCCUCUGCAUACGCAGCAGUCCCCGCUGCACUCCCAGCAGUCCCCCAUGCACGUGCAGCAGACCGGCAUGCCGCAGCAGUCGGUGCAGCAGUCACCGAUGCACCCGCAGCAGUCGCCGAUGCACCAAUCUCCCAUGCACCCGCAGCAGUCUCCUAUGCACCAGCAGUCGCCGAUGCACCCGCAGCAGUCCCCGAUGCACCAGCAGUCGCCAAUGCACGCGCAACAAACUCAGAUGUCGCAGCACUCCCCGAUGCCCCAGCAGUCGCCGAUGCACUCGCAGCAAUCUCCAAUGCAUAUGCAACAGUCGCCGAUGCACACGCAACAGUCUCCCAUGCACACGUCGAUGUCGCCUCAACACUUUUUGCAACAACUGCAAGCUCAGAGGACCAGCCCCCAACUACCGACGCCCAGCCGGAGUCCUCAGAUAUAUCAACAAUCGCAGAUUCAGAGUCCUGUAGCGUCACAUUCACCACAAAUGCAAAACGUUGAUUAUGCAACUGGGCGUUUUUCACGACCAGCUCCUGGAUGUUCGCCUUUGCCGACGCGAUUUGCUAGACCACCUCAUCAUCAGCAAGGCAUAAGAGUGGGUGGGCCGUAUGGAGGGCGCCAGCAAACUUCACCGCUCGGCAGCCCGCAGCCCCUUCCAUCUCCUGGAAACCCUGCCAAUGAGAUGGCGCGGCAACAAAUGUUGCAGCGGCAGCAGUACAGCCCCAUGGGCGGCGCGCCGGCGUCCCCGUCCGUGGCGCGGUCCCCGCACGUGGCGCGCACGCCCACGCCGCACGCGUCGCCCGCCGCGUCCCCCGCGCCGCACGCGCUGCACGACCACGGCGGCGGCCUGCACGCCCACGGCGCCGCGCCGCUGCCGCCCGGCUACCGCUACUGCCGCCCCGGCCUGCUCGGCGGCGCGCCCGCGCCCGGCUGGCCGCCGCGCUCCCCGCACGUCACCAAGGUCUCCAUCCUCAAGCGCCGCACGCCCCCGCGCCCGCGCGCCGCGCCCUCCGUCGACGCCGAGCCCGCGCCCUCCGACGCGCGCGGCUACGUCGUGUACGCGCCCGACGCGCGCGAUGCGGACGACGGGGAAGACCUGGUGGAGCAUCUGGACGACGACGACAUCGUGCUCGUCGAGCCCGACGCCGUCUCUCCCGAAGAGCGCAUCGCCACCGAGGAGGAUUUCGAAGAACUCAUCGACAGCGGCAAGCCGGACGACGAUGCGGAGGAGGAGACCGCCGAGCGCGCCCCCACCCGCACUGAGACCACCACCAAGACCGUGGCCGUCAUCAGCCUAUCUACAGGCAAACAGCCUGCCAGCGUGCAGCAGUACAAGAUCCUGAGCCCGAGCGGAGGGCCUCGUGCUCGCCUGCCUCUGCUCAGCGCCAGCAUGCUCUCGCCACAUUCCAACACAAAGAUCCUGGACGACGUGUCCCAGGCCACAGUGGCCUCCGUCUCGAUAGCUAACCAAACUAUCUCAGUACCGGUACUGAAGAAUCUGUCGGUGCCGAUCGCUAGUGUGGCUAGCCACGUGGCUGGAGUCGCCAAGCCACAAAUCAAGAAGGUGCCAUUGAACUUGGCCAUGUCUACGCCACCGCUCUCCAAACCUAUUAGUUCUGUUAUAAGUGUGAUAUCAUCAAACAUGCCAAAGACUACCAAUCCACCCCGCGUACCUGUGUCUAUAUUGACUCAACACCAAGUAAAACAAAAAAUUGUUAAAACUAUAGAAAAGCCGAUGAUGCUCGCACUUUCUAACUCAAAACUAUCCAGUUUGUCCGUGACACAUGACGCGACAUUACCUGCCAAAAUAUUUCAGGACGAUGCCGCAUCGCCUGACAGCACUGUGUCGUCUGAAAACAACCCAGAUAAGGAUCUGAACAUAAACCCUAUGUCAUCAACAUCUCAACAGCUGCCAACAAUGAGUUCUCAAGGCACAUCACAAAUGGACCCGCGACCUGGGAUAUUUAAGGAACCUACGAAAGACAUCGACAUCGAAAGUGAAAUCAGUCAACAAACUGAACUCCCGCACACGUUAUGCCUCAGCGACCGCACGCCAUUGCUUUUGGGGAAAGCAGACAUAAAGAGUCCGGAUCCUAUACCUGAGAAAAUACCGGACAAUAUUAUGGAGGGAGACGACGAGGACAAACCUGAAGACAACUUACAGAGCAAUUUACUUCUGUCGUAUAGUAAAAGUAUCUCGGAGCCGCCGCCACAGCCGACCAUACCGGACACCAAAAUGGAAGAAAAUGUUGUAAAAACAAUAAAGGCGAUCGCCAAUCAAACAAAAGAAAUGGUAAUAGAUUCAAAUAUGCAGAUUACUUCGGAUAUGGCACAGGAUUCCGUGCAAAUAUCAAUCCCGUCGCCCACACCAUCUCAAGAGAGGUACCUGAACGACAUUACGAUGCAGGACCACCACGAGACUGCGGAGAGCAACAAACACGUUGAGAGUUUCGAGGACAUGCUCUGCAUACUGGAGAACAUUGGCGAUGACGCUAAGACAUAUGGCAUGAAGCAGUCAAACCCGAAACCUUCAAACCCUAAUAUUCAAAAUCAAAAUGUAAAUACCACUAAGCAAGAUCCGAGAGAGAGUCAAGAGCAGACCGCUUUUGCCAAACGUGAGCCAGAGAGACUAGCGCUGCAGUCGGCGAGCGUGCCGCAGCUGUCCCCGCUGUCGCAGCCCGCGGAGCUGACGUCCAACAUGGCCAACGUCUCGCAGCAGUUGCGCACCAUCAUGUCCUCGCUCAACACCAACACGUCCAAAGUGGACACGCAGCCUGUUAUGCGCAAGAACAGUGACGCGACUACACCCACACAAGUCAACUUUGAAAAUUUGUUGCCUUCUUCCAAAGUGGAAGUGGCUGCGUCGAGACCUUCGCCCAUACAGAGGAUUGAUAAGCCCAUUGCGACCAUCUCGACGUCUGAUAGUUUACCCAUGAGUGCUGCCCAGGCUAUUGGCUCCAGGGUCAACACGCUCUCGUCGAUGGGACAAAUGAGAAAAUCUCCUACCAUCUCACCCAUCAGUUCUCCUGUUGGCCUACAGAACUCUCUAAUGAAAUCACCUGCUCCUAUGAUCUCAAAUCCAUCGUUCUCCCCUAUGGAUGAAUCUGGACCGACAUCGGUCGCCUCUCAAAUCAUCCAAAUGCCAGCUCUCUCGAAAAUACAUAGUUCUACUGCACCGCCUACUAUCAUGCACUCGAAUAACACUAUCACCACUAGCAUGAGUAGCUUCCAAAAGAAUCAGUCACUGCCGACUAGCAUACUAGGGCAUACGUUGCUACAACCGACUAGACAAAUAAAUACAAGUAACUUGCCAUUCAACCAACAGAGUAUUAGUACUAGUCAGCCACCGGCUUUAGUCAUGACGUCUAGAUCAAUGAUAGGUAACAAAGAAACCACGACGAAUAUGCGCCCUCAUAGCAUUGUGAGCUCGGGAAUAAACCAAAUACAAGGUAAGCCAGCUCCACCGGGCUCCAUUAAUUUCAUUACGUCAUCCAAACUUCUUCACACUCAACUGACUUCGCCUUUAAAACGCUCUAAAUCAACGGAUGAGCCAAAAAGUGAAGUAAUCGUGGGUCACAUACAACCGACGAAAAGACACAGCGUGGAGGCCGUCGUUGUAAAAUCUGAACCUAUGGAGACAGACGAGCCGAAUACAUCAACAACUACCACCAGUGACACGGGAAGCAAGCACACCAAUGUGCAACCUAGUACUGUGAACCAGAAGAAUGAUGAAUCCCAGAAUGUGUUGCUGAAGCAACUGCUGCAGACUACGACGACCGCGGCCACCGUGGUCCCCGCCCGCACCAUGACCAUACAGCGCACUGCGCCUGCGCUCGGCAGCAUCCCUUCUCUCGAAGCGCAGCUGGCGAGGCCCUCAAUACCACCACCCACUCUGUCGUUAACGCAGGAAGUAGAAAUAGCGAAGAACUCGCCGCGGCAUAAUAUUAUAACGAGCAGCGUAGUAAACUCACCGUUCACAUCUCGUCCCAUACAAUCUAUACCGACUUCCACUAUAUCAUCUUUGACACAAACUUCGACGCAAUCAUUGAUGGAUGUGCGCAAGCCACCUAUGAAGAUGAUGAGCAAAGAAGAAACUACACCUCUCCCUGAAAGUUCUCCUACAAUGAAAUCGAUGCAAAUGUAUCCAAUGAGUAUUGAAAAUCAGCAGCUUCAACAAGCUAUUAAGAAAGAAAUCGCUCCUCCUCAACAAAGUCCAGUUCACAGACCGUUUACACCUAUGGAUGUGAAGAAAGAGCUACUAGACGAAAGCUCUCAACAAUCGGCAACGUCUGGCGUCUCGACAGCAUCCGAUCAGGGAAAACUUGAUCAACCCAUGAAGGAGGAGUUUCCGGAGAGCGUCAACAUGGAUGCGUCAUCCGAAGUAAAUGCUCCAGAAACUCCAUCGGAAGCUAAGAAACGAAAGCGCCGAGAAUAUCAACAGAAGAAGAGGAAACAAUUACAAAUGAAUAUGAAGGCUGCAGCUGAGAAUAACUUGACUGCAGCCAACGCUAAGAAGAGACCGCGAAAAGGGUCUCGCUACGAGGAGGACUAUGACACAUUUAUUGACAACCUGAUGACACAACUACGAUUACUGCCUGCAAUGCAAAUUCAAGAACCAGCUCUGACUACUAACUUUGCUGUUUGCCCAUUGUUUGGAUCUGGUGAUUUGACCAAAUUAAAAAACAAGGACUAUGAUUUAUUAAAAGGUGAUUUAGUUGGCGAGUUUGGUAAUGCUAAAAUACCAAACGUUGGAGAUUAUUAUAAUACAAAACCAUUUGGGGAAGAAGAACCGUUGCCUGAGAAACCGGCUGCGUCUACACAAAGAGGAUUCUAUGACCAAGAAUUCCAACCUAUCUUGUUUGACGAUGAUCCAGAAGACAAGAAACUGGACUUUAUUUGUAAGGAACGCGACACAGACACUCCUGAUAGCAUAGUCAGUUGUUCCAGUCCUGAAUGCCUCGAAACAGAGCCACCAAACAGGUUCCCAGGUCUUAAAUUAAUUGAUGAUGAAGAAGAAGAUGAAGAUAGUGACUCAGCGUCUGGUCGAAUAUCGCCUAUAAUUCCCAUCAUUGCACCUGUCCCGAUCAGAGUGAAGCCGGUGUCGUUGUAUCAAUCAAAGGAUGAAGAAGACAACAUGAAGGCGUUGAAGACUCUUGACACCGAUGCCGCGAAGGUCAAGGGUGGAGAUUCCCCCGGCAGCACGGAAACCAAUGAGAAUGUCACCGUGACGCUUACACUCACUUCGGGUGCAGCUGAAGAUAUUCUGGGCGUACUAAAAGAGCUCGCCGGUAUCCUGCACAUACCUCCACCCACAUCCUAUCAAAUUAUAGAAAGAACUGCAACUCCGCCAUCUCACAAACUUGGCCUCUACCGAUCUAAAGGCAAGGACGGAAAAGAAGGGACACCUAUUGAUAUUCAAAGUAUAUUAAAUGGGGCAGCCAAGUUCUGUCGCCAUUGCGAUGUUGUUAUUUUGGACUCCGUCGUUAGAGCUAAAGCUUCAGAGUUUCCGUUACUAUCGGCUAACAAAGGAAAUGCUGAAGAAAUUCUGUGCGACAGCGAUUCAGAGCUUUACUUCUGUAGUACACAGUGCUACGAGAGCUUCGCCUGGCGCCCUACCAACAUUAUCCUAGAUGGAAAGACAAAGACUACCGUAAAAGAUGAUAACAAGUCAGAUGCUGACACCAACUUGUCAAAAGAUAGGGACGACUUUGACACCGCGUCCACUGAGAGCAUGGAAACCGACGACUUGGAUAUAAAACCAGACAUCAAGGAUGAAAAGAUGGACUUGUCGUUCAUGGAUUCUCUCGACAACGAUGAGUUGAUGAAAGAAGUAGGCGAUGACGUCAGUGCUCUCGACGAAGAUUUGAAGAGUGAACAGGACGAGAAGAGUAACCAGGGCAGUGAGAAGGAGAAGUAUAGAGGGGUACGUUACAAGGCGUGGUCGCCGGGCUGCAUCGGGCCGCCGGUGAAGUACAAGCGGCCCACCGACAGGGAGCUCACCGAGCUGGUGUUCCGCACCGGCGUCGCCAUCAUGCCGGUCACCAACGAGGACUCGCGGCGCUGCGAGCUCUGCGGCAUACAGGGCGACGGCGUCGCCGACGGCGUGUCCCGCCUGCUCAACUGCGACGUCAACCGCUGGGUGCACCUCAACUGCGCGCUGUGGUCCGAGGGAGUCUACGAGACCGUCAGCGGCGCGCUCAUGAACGUCGAGACGGCGCUGGCGGCCGGCUCCAACGCCACCUGCGCCGUCUGCCGCCGGCUCGGCGCCACCGUGCGCUGCUUCAAGGUGCGCUGCGGCAGCGUCUACCAUCUCGGCUGCGCCGUCAAGGACAACUGCGUCUUCUACAAGAACAAGACGGCGUUCUGCGCCUCGCAUGCUCCCAAGAAUGAAAAGGACAACGAGCUGACGACUCUGAGCGUGCAGCGGCGCGUGUACAUCGCGCGCGAUGAGCAGCGCCAGGUGGCGUCGGUGAUGCUCCACUCGGACACCAACCACCUCAUCCGCGUGGGCGGGCUCAUCUUCCUCAGCCCCGGCCACUUGCUGCCUCAUCAACUCGCCGCGUUCCACACGCCCAACUACAUCUACCCAAUUGGAUACAAAAUCGUGCGGUUCUACUGGUCGAUGUCCCGCGCCAACAGCCGCUGCCGCUACCUGUGCUGGAUCUCGGAGGAGGCGGGCCGGCCGCGCUUCCACGUCCGCGCGCAGGACGAGCCGCGCGGGGAGUGCGCCGCGCCCACGCCGCGCGCCGCCUGGGCCAACGUAUUGGAUGCUGUUGCGGCUUUACGAGAAGGUCGAAGUGAGGAUGGUGUCCUCAAGUUAUGGCCCAAUUAUGUUACUGGCGAAGAUUUGUUUGGUCUCACUGAACCUGCCGUUGUUAGAGUAUUAGAAAGUUUACCUGGUAUCGAGACGCUGACGGACUACCGGUUCAAGUUCGGUCGGUCUGCGCUGCUGGAGGGCGGGCUGGCCGUGAACCCGUCGGGCUGCGCGCGGUCGGAGCCCCGCGCGCGCGCGUGGCGGCGGGCGGGCGCGCGCUCGCUGCUGCCGGCCGCGCCCGCGCCGCCGCCCGCCGCCGACCACCCCACCUGCCCCUACUCCAAGCAGUUCGUGCACACCAAGAGCUCGCAGUACAAGAAGAUGAAGAGCGAGUGGCGGAACAACGUCUACCUCGCACGGUCAAAAAUUCAAGGAUUGGGUUUGUACGCUGCUCGGGACUUGGAGAAGCAUACUAUGGUCAUAGAGUACAUCGGAGAAAUAAUACGCUCCGAGUUGUCGGAAAUACGAGAAAAGCAGUACGAGGCUAAGAACCGCGGUAUCUACAUGUUCCGGCUGGACGAGCGCCGCGUGGUGGACGCGACGUUGUCGGGCGGGCUGGCGCGGUACAUCAACCACUCCUGCCAACCCAACUGUGUCGCGGAGACCGUCGAGGUCGACCGACAUCUGCGCAUCAUUAUCUUCGCCAAACGACGCAUUGCGAGAGGAGAAGAGUUGGCAUACGAUUAUAAGUUCGACAUAGAAGAUGACGCUCAUAAGAUAAUGUGUAUGUGCGGAGCUCCCAACUGCCGAAAGUGGAUGAACUGAACACUGCACAGACUUGGAACACCUCACCCUGGAGACUGAACGACAGCGUGGCCGACUCAGCCCCGGCCACCGCGUAUAUGUGUGUACAGUGCGACUAAAUUCGAUUCAGUAAAAUGAAUCUCAGAUCUCAGCGUUGCAACGUUAUAACGAUUAUGAUAAAAUUGAAUUGUGUUACAACUAAAUUAAUUGAAUCGAGAAUAAAAUCGACUCGAAUCUAUCUAUAUUAGAAUAAUCUAUUUAAUCAUAACUAUCACUGAUACCGUCACAUAUUUGUUUAUAUUUUUUUAUACUUGGAAACAUCCACUUAUUCUAUUGAUUACGAUGGAUCUUCUUUCUUUCUUCUUUCAUUUAGUUCAACCAAAUCUAUGAAUAUUUUGCUAAGUAGAAUUAGUUAAGGUCAGUUUACUGAAUCGAAUUCGAAGUGUGACUGUAGAUAAUGUUUUAGCUUAGGAAAGGCUAUGAUGACUAGUUUAAUGUACCAAAGUGAUCAUACUACAUGUAAGUAAAUGAAUCAUGUUAGACUUGUUUCUAAUUUCACUCUUAUAAAGCUGACGUGUGAUCUACGAAUAAGACAAUAUCAAAAGAGUUUUACUGGUAUCUUCAAUUUUAUAACUAUAUUUAACCGUCGCGGUAAUCAAUCGGAACUUUUUUUGUAAAUAAUAUUAAAUCGAUAUAGAAGUUGUUAUUGAAUUUAAAUGUUUUAGAUGUGAACGUUUUACGAGAGUAGACAGUAGGCUAAGACUUUAAUUUUAUUAUGUUCAAUGUAUUUUAUGAAUGUUUUGUGUCGCUGUUUUAAAUGUCUUUUAUUAAUGAACAUUUAUUUGAAAAUUAUCGCUCCUUUUUAGCAGUCAUGUUCGCGUAUACCUCUAAAGUGUACUUGAAAUCUCAGCAGUGACUACUAGGUAGGUUAAGUUACCAUAUAGACGAGUCUGCAUUUAGUAUGCAUAGAGCACAAUAUAUUUAGCGAUGUAAAUAACCUCUUUAUUAGAAAUUAUGUGUCGGCCGGGCCGGGCUAGGCGGACCUUGUAACAGGGUAGUAAUAUAAUUUCUAAUGGAGCGGCACGCGACGCCACGAUGUGCCUGACUUGUUGUUUACGUCGUACGACUCGUAGGUUAGAUCUACGCGUACCACGCCGCGCCUUCUCACGGAGGACGAACUUGAUACUAUACCUGUAUGCGUGUAUGUAUGAAUGUUACGUGCCUACUUUUAUUCACAUGAUUUAUUACACGUUCAACUGCAGACAAGUGGUAGUAAAGAAGCUCUUCAUAUAUUUUCGAGAGAAGACAUUUCAUUUAGUGAUGAAAUUAUUUUGCGAAUAUUUUACUCAGAAUAAUAGUUUUAUACAUAUAGCCAUCACCAUCUCAAAUAAAUUGUGUGAAUAAAACACCGUGCACAGAGUAGCUAGUGUAAUUAUUUAUAUAAUAAAUUUAAUGAAUAGUCCCAAAUGUGAUAUUACCUCACAUAAUUCGCGUGAACUUCAUUAUGUAGUGGCCAUUGUAACCUAGGUUAGCUUGUCGUUACCGCUUCGGCCGACGGAGCCAUGACGCGUUGUAGCAUCAAUGGAAUGCGUUGUAAGUUGCAACAUGCUUGUAACUGUAAGAUCUGGUAAAAGAGAAAUAUUUAUGUAUGUGUAGCACAAGGAAUUAUUGUAACGCAGGUUGCCCUCUACCAAUGUUAUGAAUUCAUGCAAUGUAAUUUUAAGUGUUAAAUGUGCAAUAUCAUAUCUUGAGUACAGAUUGUAAAUACGACAGUAGCGCAGUGAUGGACAUGUGUAUUAUAUUGUAAUCAUGGAAUAAAUUUGUGUUAUGUAUUGUUUUGAAAUCAGUUGUACGCCUCUCAUUAAAUAUAUGACCAUCGAUUUUAUUUAAAGCAUUCCCAUAAAAUUUUCACUAUAGUUUGACUCAAGUUUAUUAUUAAUUUCACGAUAAAACAUUUUGAAAGUUGUAAAAUUAUGUACUUUAAUAUUCUAUACAUAAGUAUUUUUAUUGCAUUAUUUUCCUAUAAUUAAAAUUUUAAUUAGUAUAA